CGCCAAGCGCAUUUGGCGGGCUCGUCGCGUUUAGACGGCGUCGUUCGUGACUGCUCGCAAGUCUUUCGUGCUGUGUGUGUGUCGAAUAUCCACGUCGCGCAAUGGCUGGCGGUAAGGCGGGCAAGGACUCGGGCAAGGCAAAGGCGAAGGCGGUCUCGCGCUCGGCUAGGGCCGGCCUGCAGUUCCCAGUGGGCAGAAUUCACAGGCAUUUGAAAAACAGAACCACGAGUCAUGGUCGAGUAGGCGCUACUGCGGCAGUGUAUAGCGCAGCCAUUUUGGAAUACCUCACGGCCGAGGUAUUGGAGUUGGCGGGAAAUGCAUCAAAGGAUCUGAAAGUCAAACGUAUUACACCUAGACAUCUGCAACUUGCCAUACGUGGUGAUGAAGAAUUAGAUAGUCUCAUUAAAGCAACUAUUGCAGGAGGAGGUGUCAUUCCACAUAUCCACAAAUCGCUUAUUGGCAAGAAGGGUUCGCAGAAGCCGGCAUAAUUUAGCGGUAAUUGAUAUUGAACAUUUCAAGAUUCGUGGGCAAAUGGGAGGAUGGAAGAGUUGAUCCAGUGUUUGUUGACAAAGUGUACCUAAGUUACUAAAUCGAUGAGGAGACUGGCGUGAUAUAUACAUAGAGAUAUAUAUAGAUAUAUAAAUAAAACAGUAUAUUGAUAUAAUUUAAUAUAGAUAAAAAUGAGAGUAAAGAAAAAAAGACAAAUGUUCAUCAUGCAAUUGACAAAUGGGCAAGACAGGGAGAAUUGUAGACCGAGAAUAGGAAAUUUUUAGUGUGUUGCGAGCGAUGCGUUGUAGCAUGGCUUGCUCGAGAUAACGACAGUCUUCGGUACAGUUUGCAAUUUAUGAACACUGCGGAAGCAUCAGAAGGCGUGUGAAAACGUCUUCAAUUACUAUGUUUAAUUAUUUACGAUACCUCACGAAGCUAUCGACUUUUUGCCGAAUCAUUUGUGCUUAAUUUUAUUUCAUUUCAAUUGUUUUUAAAUUGCGUCAUCUAUUAUCAAAGAUACGUCUUGUUAAUUUGUUUCAAACAAAGUAUCAUUUUCAAUAAUUUGUCCUCACAAAAGCAUUAAUGCAUAACGUUGCAAUGUUCGAUUUGUUAUUUAACUUUUAAACAUGUUUUACGAUAUACUUUAAAUUUAUUACAUACACGCCAGCGUGCGAUUAUCCAACAUAUAGAGUAAACAGUAAAGAUUUCCUUAUCGUCGGAUUCAUCUCAGUAGUAAAGAGAAAAAGAAAGGAAGAGAAAUGCAAAGCGGACGUUUACACAUGUAACUUCCGAGUUUACGACUCGAAUGACUCCACAUUUUGCCAAAUGCGUAUAGAAAUAUAUGAUAAAGUUUUCAAUCUUAAAAUCUCUAUUUAAAUACUAUCUCAAAAUUCUUUGCUCUUGUACUAAUGUACACGUUUUUUGCGCGUUUUCCUAUCAGGAUUACAAUACAGUCAUAAAAAUCAGUUCUAGAAUUUUGACAGUUUAAUUAUGAUUCGAAAUGUACCAAGAGUUAAAUGUAAAAGCUAAUGUAAUAAUUGACAAACAAUCAUCGAAUAUUUUCUGCCUCAAAUAUGCGAAAUUAACAAUCUUUCACUGGUGAAGAAAUUAAACUAUAAAUUCUUUAAUUCUAUUGUAAAUUUUCUUUGGUCAUUACAAUCUUAAUAAUAGUGAAGACUGGCACUUCAGUUUUUAUAAAAUAUAAUUUAUGAAAUAGAUAUAGAAAAUACGAUUCAAGAUAUCUGAAAGUUGAUUAGCAUAUGUAAGGACAUGAGAAUGUUUAUUUUUGCUUUAAUCAUUUUCUUUUUUAUUUUGAUGUUCGUCACUUCGUUACAAUUCUGUAUAAUUUAGCAUAAUUUUUACUGUACCUUUACGGAAUAACGCACCAUAUAUUAAAUACCAGCCAUAUGUAAAACGUUCAUUUUUUUCAUAAUAAAGAUAAAUUUUAUUACUAAA